GUUGGACACAUGUCCGGGGACGGCUCCAUGCUUCUCGCUCGCCUUGCCAACGUCCGUGUCUUCGCUUCGCUCUCUAAGCCGGCUGCGGCUGUUAAUGCCCUACCUUCGCUUGCCAAUGCUGGGACACUGAAGCGGCUGGCAAAGUACCCCAUUCUGAAAAAAACUGCGCAUUACGCUUCUUUACAAAUGGAAGCUGGGGAAAUAGAUACCAUAUCUCUGAAACGUCCUCUUUCUGAGGAUGAUAAUGCAAAAGGUGAUGAAAAUAAAAGGCAAAGGUUUUCAGAAGAGCCCCUCAAAGGAAGAGAGAAUCCUGACCCUAUUACAGUGGAGGCAGAGCUGGAGCCACCUGGGAAACCUGCACUUAAGGGCUCCAAAAAUGAAACCAUCCCAACUGAGGAAAGCACCAAGCAAGGUGAAGAAGAAUUGGAAGGAAGUGAUGAAGGAGAACCAGAGAGCUUUGCAGACAUGAUGAAGCAUGGUCUGACCGAACUCGAUGUUGGCAUCACCAAGUUUGUUAGUUCUCACAAGGGCUUUUCUGGAAUCUUAAAAGAGAGAUAUUCCGAUUUUGUUGUUCAUGAGAUAGGAAAAGAUGGCCAUGUCGUUCAUUUAGAUGACUUCUCUGUGCCAGUAGUUGAUGAGGAUCCACCUGAAGAUAUCUUUGCUGUGUUGUCAGCUGAAGAGAAGCAGCAGCUAGAGGACCUUCAGCUUUUUAAGAAUAAAGAAGGCAGCGUUGCCAUCGAGGUCAUUGAAGACACUAAGGAAAAAAGAACGGUGAUUCAUCAGGCUGUGAAAUCCCUGUUUCCAGGACUAGAGACUAAAACAGAAGAGAGGGAUGGGAAAAAAUACAUUGUUGCUUACCAUGCUGCUGGGAAAAAGGCACUUGCAAAUCCAAGAAAACAUUCUUGGCCAAAAUCUAGGGGAAGUUACUGCCACUUCGUUUUAUACAAAGAAAACAAGGAUACUAUGGAUGCCAUCAACGUGCUUUCAAAAUUUUUAAGAGUUAAGCCAAAUAUAUUUUCCUACAUGGGGACCAAAGACAAACGGGCUAUUACUGUUCAAGAAAUUGCUGUUCUUAGAAUCACAGCACAAAGACUGGCUCAUUUAAAUAAAUGCCUGAUGAAUUUCAAGCUUGGAAAUUUCAGUUACAAGAACCAUCCGCUGAAGUUGGGAGAACUGCAAGGCAACCAUUUCACAGUGGUUCUUAGAAAUAUAACUGGAACAGAAGAUCAAGUUCGACAAGCCAUGCUCUCUCUCCGGGAGAUUGGAUUCAUUAACUACUAUGGAAUGCAAAGAUUUGGAACGACGGCUGUCCCUACGUACCAGGUUGGAAGAGCCAUUCUGCAGAAUAAUUGGAAUGAAGUAAUGGAUUUAAUACUAAAGCCACGUCCUGGAGCUGAAAAGGGAUACUUGGUUAAGUGCCGAGAAGAGUGGGCAAAAACGAAGGACCCAGCUGCUGCCCUCAGAAAACUGCCAGUGAAAAGAUGUGUGGAAGGCCAGUUGCUACGGGGACUUUCCAAGUACGGACUGAAGAAUAUCAUCUCUGCCUUUGGCAUAAUCCCAAGAAAUAAUCGUCUGAUGUACAUUCAUAGUUAUCAGAGUUAUGUGUGGAAUAAUAUGGUGAGCAAGAGAAUAGAAGAAUAUGGACUCAGAGCAGUGCCAGGGGAUCUUGUACUGAAAGGAGGUACCGCUGUUUAUAUCGAAGAAGCAAAUGUUGACGAUUACACCAUCCAUGAUGUGGUGAUGCCCUUGCCUGGAUUUGAUGUAAUCUAUCCAAAGCAUAAAAUUGGAGACGCUUACGGGGAAAUAUUGGCAGUUGAUAAUCUUGAUAUCAACAACAUGAAACACAAAAUUAGAGACUACUCAUUAUCUGGCGCAUACAGAAAGAUUAUAAUUCGACCUCAGAAUGUCAGCUGGGAGAUGGUUGCUUAUGAUGAUCCUAAAAUCCCAUUGUUUAAUACUGACUUAGAUAAACUGGAAGGAAAACCACCUGCAGUUAUUGCCACAGAAGGAAAAUACAAGGCUCUGAAGAUUGAGUUCUCCCUCCCUCCCUCCACAUAUGCUACCAUGGCCAUUCGAGAAGUACUAAAAAUGGACACAAGCAUAAAAAACCAGACACAGCUAAACACUGUAUGGUUACGGUGAAGGUCUUGUACAGUGCCUGGAUAAAUAUUUUAAGCACAUGAUGCUGGUUUCUUAUGUACUUCUUUUAAAAUGAUUUCUAAUAAAAAUGGUAUUUUUGUAUUAUGCUACAGUAUACAAUUUAGGCUCCUUGUAACAUGGUGUUUGUAAAAAUGGAAGUUUCAUUUUUAAACAUUCUGAGCAAACAUGGUGCCUGAGCUGUUUGCACAGCAUAACUUGAUCCCCUUACAAGACAACGCAUGGCUUUGUUAGCAGUUUCAGAUCCUCAGGAAUGUUUGGAACAGAUUAAAACUGAUUGAAAGCAUGAAUUCUGCAGCUGAAGAAUACUAAUUAGAAUAAGGUGCUGAAGAACGCAUAUCCGGCAAACAGAUGUAUUUAGCCUUAAGAAUGCCAUUAGGAUUUGUGCUCCUAGCCAAUUUUGUUGGUGUAAUGUUCAUAUCUGAUAUGUACAGCUGUUUUUAUUUGAACUAUAGUUUUUAUUAAACAUUGUGCUUUUUUCAUGA